GCCGCCGAGACGCAGGGGCCGGGCUGGGCCGGGCCGGCCCCUUUCCAGGCCGCUCUGCGGGCAUGACUCAGAGCGCGGCGCGGGUAUAAAUACGGUGCCCAGCGCUGCAGCCCCCGCUUUGCAGCGCAGGACGCAGAGGCCUGCACACGACCUUGGCGUUUGCUAGGAGGUGAGGAAGAUGACGCUGCUGCUGCUCUCGCUGCUGGGGCUCCUGCUGUCCUGGGAGGAAGGCCAGGCCCUGGUUCCUCCCAAUGAAUUGCAACAAAUGUCUGUAGCCGGGAGCAAAUACAUAGACACCGAGAUCGAGAAUGCCAUCAACGGGGUGAAGCAGAUGAAAAGCCUCAUGGACAAAACCAGCAAAGACCACCAGGAGAUCCUGACCACGCUGGAGGAGACCAAGCAGAAGAAAGAGCAAGCCAUGCAACUAGCCAAGGAAACGGAGAAGAAGCUGACCGAGAAGCCGGAAGUGUGCAAUGAGACCAUGCUGGCCCUGUGGGAGGAAUGCAAGCCCUGCCUGAAGCAGACCUGCAUGAGGUUCUAUUCCAGGACGUGCAGGAGCGGCUCGGGCCUGGUUGGCCGGCAGCUGGAGGAGUUCCUGAACCACUCCUCCCCCGUCUCCAUCUGGGUGAAUGGCGAGCGCAUUGACUCCCUGCUGGAGGAGGACCAGCAGCAGGGCCGCUGGCUGGAGGACCUGGAGGAGCGCUACAGCCUAGUGGAAGACAGCGUGGACGACCUGUUCCAGGAGAGCACACGGGCCUACAGCCGCAUGGCCCCGUUCUUCCGCUCGCCCUUCGCCGGGGGCUCCCGCAGGGCCAUGCACGCCCCCUUUCGCUUCCGCUUCCCCUACUCAAACGCCAGGGUGGUCCGGGACACGCACCCCUUCUUCUCCCCACCCCGGCACCAUGGCUUCCACCAGCUCUUCGGGCCGCUCUUCGAGAUGACCCAGCGCAUGUUCGAGGGAGCCCAGAAGGCCAUGGAGCAGGAUGGCCAGUGGUUCGAAGGCAGCCAGGACCCCCUGCUGGGAGAGUCCACCACAGAGACUCGCAACUCCAGUGACAACCGCAUGGUGUGCCGGGAAAUCCGCCGCAAUUCUGCCGGCUGCCUGAAGAUGAAGGAUAAGUGUGAAAAAUGCCAGGAAAUUCUGUCUGUAGAUUGCUCCCAGACCGACCCGGCCCAGAGCCAGCUGCGGGAGCAGUUCGAGGAUGCCCUGCGCCUGGCGGAGCGCUUCACCCGCAAGUACGACGAGCUGCUGAGGACCUUCCAGGAGGAGAUGCUCAACACCUCCAGCCUCCUGGACCAGCUCAACAAGCAGUUUGGCUGGGUGUCCCGCCUGGCCAACCUCACCCAGAACGGCGACGGCAUGCUGCAGGUCACCACGGUGCUUUCCAAGACCCCCAGCCGCAAGGACUCCUCCAGACCUUCUGACACCCAGGUGACCGUGCAGCUCUUCGACUCGGAUCCGCUGGCCCUGACCGUGCCGGGUGAGAUCCCCUGGGACGACCCCAAGUUCAUGGAGGUGGUGGCGGACGAGGCUCUGAAGCGCUACAAGCAGAAUACCAUCGAGUGAUGCCCUCGUCUGCCCUGAUCCUCAGUCUGGUCUUCGGAAGAGAGAAGCCAUAGCCUUCAGCGACGCCCUGCUCCAUGCUGCAUAGACCCCCUAGCGCUGCGGAGAAGCCCUCGGCCUGGCACGCCGCCCUGAUUCGCUGUCUGCACUAGUAGGUUAAACACUGUACUGCCUGCACUUUGCUGCUGGGUUGUAGGGACCCAAAAGGAGAAAUAAAAUUUAGAUCCGACGUGGA